AUGAAACGACGAACCUUCCUGCAUGCUCUGUUGGUAGUCAUCGCUUAUUGUCCGCUGAUAGGGAAAGCGUCGCCAAUACUAUGUUACGAUGACAAUAAUAAUAAUAAUAAUAAUAAAGGAGACAUAGCAACACCUUGCGCUUGCUUUGCCGAUCGAGCCGAGUUGAAGAGCGCUAUUUCUCAGUUCUGGAAGGACGGUUGUUCCGAUAACUACAAUUGCAAUAAUCCAGUGACGAAAAAGUAUGGCUGGCCUAUGGGAACAUGGUGUGUCUCUGCCGUGCAAAGCAUGUUUUACCUAUUUUUUGAUGCAGCCUCCUUCAACGAUGACCUGUCUGCAUGGGAUGUGUCGCACGUCAAGAAUAUGGGUGGGAUGUUCCUAGGUGCAUCCUCCUUCGAUCAAGACAUUUCCUCAUGGGAUGUUUCGUCGGCCGAACGCAUGGAUCGGAUGUUCUCGGGUGCAUCCUACUUCAAUCAAUAUUUGUCCCUGUGGGAUGUGAGUAAGGUGAUGGACAUGAGCGACAUGUUCUCUGGGGCAUCAUCCUUCAAUCAAGACUUGUCAUCUUGGAAUGUGUCAUCUGUCGAAUUUAUGGAUGGAAUGUUCAAGGAUGCAUCAUCAUUCAAUCAAGACUUGUCCUUGUGGAAUGUCUCGUCGGUGGAAAAAAUGCAGAGCAUGUUCAUGGGAGCACGAAAUUUCAAUCAAGACUUGUCCUUGUGGGAUGUCUCUUCUGUUUCUUACAUGACGUCAAUGUUUGCCGAAGCAUCCUCUUUCAAUCAUGACUUGUCACCAUGGGAUGUCUCCUCUGUCAUUGAUACAAGUGAAAUGUUCCAAAAGGCAACCUCGUUCAAUCAAGACUUGUCACUAUGGGAUGUGUCGUCAGUCCUGCGCAUGGACCGCAUGUUCUCGAGUGCCAUCUCAUUCAAUCGGAAAAUGUCAUCCUGGGACGUCUCGUCGGUCGUAUCCAUGAACCACAUGUUCUACAAUGCCUCCCAGUUCAAUCACGACGUAAACUCUUGGGAUGUUUCGAGGGUUACGGAAAUGUGGGCCAUGUUUGGAGAGGCAUCAUCCUUCAAUCAAGACCUUUCCUCAUGGAGUGUUUCGAGAGUCACAACUAUGAGACAACUAUUCAAGGGCGCAUCAUCCUUCAAUCAAGAUUUGUCAUCCUGGGAUGUUUCGUCUGUCACGGACAUGAGUGGAUUGUUGGAAGGAGCAUCAUCGUUCCAUCAGGAGUUGUCAUCCUGGGAUGUGUCUUCUGUGACAGACACGAGGCUCAUGUUUGCAGGAGCAUCUUCCUUCAAUCAAGACUUGUCCUCCUGGAAUGUCUCGGCCGUGGAACGAAUGGAUUUCAUGUUCCAGGACGCAUCGUCCUUCAAUCGAGAUUUGUCAUCCUGGGAUGUGUCGUCGGUGACCGAGACGGAUUUCAUGUUCUCGGGUGCCUCCUCGUUCAAUCAAGACUUGUCCUCCUGGGAUGUGUCGUCGGUGACGGAUAUGAAUCACAUGUUUUCGAGCGCAUCCACUUUCAAUCAAGACUUGUCCUCCUGGAAUGUUUCAGCAGUGACGGAUAUGAAUCACAUGUUUUACAACGCAACAUCCUUUGCGCAAGAUUUGUCAUCCUGGGAUAUUUCCAAAGUUGUCGAUGCCCACAAUAUGUUCAAAGACACUGCUUUGAGCAAAAACAACAACAACAACAACAACAAGAAGAAGGAGGAGCUUAUCGUGUGCAAUUGGAGUGAUGCCUGGAACGAUCUCUAUUGCAAUCAAAAAAGUGUCACCAGAACGCCGACUUUUGUUAUUUUUGCAGCGCUUGUUCUGUUAUCGUUCGCAAGGAGGGCGAGGAGUCGGUGUUGUCCCAAGCCUGUGCCUCCUUCGAAUAUUCCAUAUUGGCGGAACCACCCUGUAAAAUCGGACUAG